UCCUCAGCAAGCAAUUUGUUGGCCCCAAAACCUGCAGCUGAAAUAUGGCUUUUCUGCAAAAAAUAACCUACUUUCUACUCUUAUUUGUCCUUCUUUCUGCUUGCUUAACACAUGCAGAAGAAGAAACCAAGGAAGAAAAGCUAGAACCGGUCGAAACAACUACCUCAGAGGAGAGUAAAACUGAAGAAGAGCCAGUGAAUGAAGACGAGAUCAAAGAGGAAGAUGAUGUUCUGGUCUUGACUGCUAAAAACUUUGAUAAUGCUAUUGAGAAGCAUAAUGAUAUUCUCGUAGAAUUUUAUGCUCCUUGGUGUGGACACUGCAAGUCUCUUGCUCCAGAGUAUGCCAAAGCAGCCAAGAAAAUGAAAGCCAAUGAUCCUCCUGUUGCUUUUGCUAAGGUUGACGCUACUGUCCACUCUGACCUUGCACAGAAGUAUGAUGUCAGUGGCUACCCAACACUGAAAUUCUUCAAGAAGGGAGAAGUCCAUGAUUAUGAUGGCCCAAGAAAUGAAAUGGGGAUUAUUGAUUACAUGAAGAAGCGUGCCGAUCCAAACUGGAAGCCACCACCACCUGCUGUCCUAACACUAACAAAACACAACUUUUAUGAAACCAUCCAGAAAGAAAGUCUAAUAUUGGUCGAGUUCUAUGCACCAUGGUGUGGCCACUGCAAGUCUCUUGCACCAGAAUACGAAAAAGCUGCACAGGAGCUGAAGAACAAUGAUCCACCAAUUCCUCUGGCCAAGGUUGAUGCAACAGAGGAGUCAGAGUUGGCUAAAAAAUAUGAUGUACAGGGGUAUCCUACUUUGAAAGUCUUCAGGGCAGGAAAGCCAUCAGAAUACAAGGGAGAAAGAAACCAAUAUGCUAUUACUUCAUACAUGAAAAACCAAGUUGGUCCAAGCUCUCGUCUCCUGUCCUCCCUCAAAGCUGUCAAAGACAUGAUGAAAGAAAAAGAUGAUGUGACGAUAGUUGGUUUCUUCAGCGAUGAAAAAGAUCCACUUCUGGAGAAAUACCUGGAUGCUAAUAACGAUAUUCGUGAAGAAUAUACCUUUGUACACACCUUUGAUGACGCAGCAAAGAAGUUUUAUGAUAUCAAGGAAAGCUCUAUCGUUUUAUUUCAACCAGAGAGAUUCCGCUCGAAAUAUGAACCGAAGCACUUUGUAUUCGAGGGCAAAGAGGCAACUCCAGAGAAACUUCAAGCAUUCUACAAAGAAAAGAUGGUGCCUCUUGUUGGGCAAAUCAAUACAUAUGACCAGGAAAAGAAAUAUUCCGCAAGACCAUUGUGUGUGGUGUACUAUACUGUAGACUUUGGAUUUGAUAACAGAGUUGCCACUCAGAUCUGGCGCAAAAAAGUAGUGGAGGUUGCAAAGGAUCACAGAGAUAUCACUUUUGCUAUCGCCAACGAAGACGAUUUCCAGGAUAAGCUAAAAGACUUUGGUCUAGAUGACUCCGGCGAAGAGAUCAACGUGGGUUGUUUUGAUAAUAAGGGUAAACGAUACCGUAUGGACCCAGAAGAAGAGUUCUCUGAAGACUCCUUCAGGGAAUUUAUUGAAGAAUUUAAAGCUGGUAACCUCAAGCCCGUCAUCAAAUCUCAGCCCGUCCCCAAGUCUAACAACGGACCUGUCAAGAUCGUUGUCGGCAAGAAUUUCGAUGACAUCGUCAUGGAUACAUCAAAGGACGUCCUCAUCGAGUUCUACGCCCCAUGGUGCGGACACUGCAAAGCACUCGAGCCGGUUUACAAGAAGGUCGGCAAACACUUUAAGGAUAACAAGAAUGUGGUUAUCGCCAAGAUGGACGCCACAGCUAAUGAUGUUCCAACUGGUUACACUGCAGAGGGAUUCCCGACCAUUUACUUCGCCACAGCUAAGGAUAAAAAGAAUCCCAUUAAGUUUGAAGGUCAAAGACAAUUAGACGACUUUAUCAAAUUUGUCAACGACAAGGCAACGGUUUCCAAAGCAUCCAAAGAAGAGCUAUAGUUUUUGUAUUUAAUAAUUAAUAAUUUGAAAUAUCGAUAAACAAGAAACAUUAUUUCCGCGAACGAAAAUAAAGGUUGUUUUUGUACACUUAGGGGAAAAAACAUGCAAAAAAGAAGUUUUAAGCAAGGUCGCUCACACUGCGCGCAAAGGUCCUAGUUUUACCCGUCUACAGCGCGGAAACAAAUGAAACCACUUCCACUCUCGCUCUUGGCUUUACCUGCCUACCUGAACGGGAACAAAUGAAACCUCUCCCCCCCCCUAAAGUUUUUGAGGGGAGGGGCUGGAGACCUCUGAAUGCAGCGUAAGGUCUUUUUCAUCAGAUGGUACAAAAUGACCUACCGUCUGCCUUUUCUCUCUUCUUUGUAACUCGAUUUUCUCGUGGACUUUAAAAUACAGGUAGCCCAAUGAUCUAUUUGUGAUACACUACAAAGAACUGAGGAAUAAACGUCUGCGAUGCAUUUUAUAAAAACUGUGUCUUGAUUUUAAAAUACGACUACAAUUGAUUUCAAUAAAGCAAUUGAUGACCACGAAAAA